AUGGCUUACGACAGUCUCGUUGCCAGUUUUACGCUCGCUGGCAGCAUGACCUCCUGUAUUGCAACGUCUUUUGUGCUGCUCUCUUAUCUCAUCUUCCGCGACCAGCAACAUUCCUUCCGGCACGCCUUGAUUCUGAACCUCGCCAUGGCUGAGUUUAUAAAUACUCUGAACAACUCCAUAUCGGGCUUCAUUUAUGUCAAGAACAGGAAGCUGACUCCUGGUCCUGCUUGCACUGCAAACGGCUUCAUCGGGCAGCUGACGGUUCAAGCUGUGGACUUCACCAUCCUUGCAAUUGUCCUUGUGACGCUCCUAACCAUCACACGUAAAACUUACCUCCCUGACGUCUCAGUCUGGGCAAAGGCCCUGAUCUGCGCUUCUACUUGGAUAAUCCCGAUCAUCACCAGCGUUGUUGCUGUCUCACUGAAUGUGAUGACGCCUGUCAGUGGAAAUUGGUGUUGGAUUACUGCAAAGCGGCCAGAUCUACGAUACGGCCUUACUCACGGCUGGCGAAUUGGAAUCAUCUUCCUCACAGUCCUGCUUUACGUCUAUAUCUGGUGGUUCGUCCAUCGCCACUUCAGAGCCUUAUUCGGUUCUCGCAGGGGCGCUCGAUAUGGCUACAAUCCCGUAACUGGCGCCGUGCACACAGAGAGUGCCAAGUUGACGAGAGAAAGGCUGGAAGAGUCCCAAGGGACCACUCUGAUUGGAGACAUGGAUACGAGGCCUCUAAGCGAUAUAAGGGACGACCCGAAGGAUUCAAGUGACGGCAGAGACGAUGUGACAAUGUCGGACUUCUCAUUGCCCAUUCAGGGGAUCGAAGAGGUCACUGGCACAGAACGGGAUCUCGUGUCAACCGUGACAAUACCAGCACCCAGCGUCGGCCAUGCAGACGCGAAACGCAACUACAGCCGACAUUUCCCCACGCCUGAAAGCGACAAGCCCGAAAUCUGCCCCCGGGUCAGGCACUCUGUCGACGUGCGAGUGAGCAUCGCAAAGAAAUCAUACUCGUGGCUCCCACCAGGUAUCCCGCCAGGGUCGUCGACGCGCAUCACCCCACACACCGAAACUAAAAUCACAUCCACACGCUGCUCGCGUGCGGCGCCUUCGAAGCCCCAGAGACACAUGUCUGUCUCACAGAGGGACGCUGGGGCCCAAUCCCGAGCGCACCAGGUCGAGAAGGAGAUCCGACGAAUGCUGCUCCUGAACGCCUACCCGACCUUGUACGUGUUGUUGUGGAUACCGGGCAUCGUAAACAGGUUCAUGGAGGCGACAGGAAACACGCCGUCGAAUCCUCGCGCCGUGGCUGCUCUGCAGAGCACCAGCCAAUUCGUCGGGUUCGCCAACGCGCUGACCUUCGGGGUGAAUGCGAACAUGAGGCGGCGCAUUAGCUCGGCGACCGCCGGGGCAGCGCAGGCACUGAAAGCAAAGUCGGAGGCAUGGCGGAAUGUGUAG